CACUCCAUGUGUCCCUUCACAGUGUCCGUACGAGGCCUAGCUAGUAAGCUAACAAAAUAUCGGAAAGCGUAAACAAACGCUUAAAAUUCGUUACUCUUUAAUAAAUUAAUGCUUUUCGAUUGUAGUUCGUGUACUAAUACACAAGGUGAAUCUGGAGAGAAUCUCGCAGUCGUGUGUUGGAAGGUGAGAUUGGCGCUUUUCUUGCUAAUCUGCGUGCGCGCGGAGGGCGUGAUCUGAGGUAUAAUGGCUUUAGUGUCAGCAGACACCAAAAUCGCUGAGUUGCUAAAUGAGUUGCAUCAGCUCAUAAAGCAAACCCAGGAAGAGCGAUCGAGAAGCGAACACAACCUUCUCAACAUCCAGAAAACACAUGAAAGGAUGCAGACAGAAAAUAAAACCUCUCCAUAUUAUCGGACUAAAUUGAGAGGUCUUUACACCACAGCUAAAGCAGAUGCUGAGGCAGAAUGCAGUAUACUUCGACGGGCGCUUGACAAAAUUGCUGAAAUUAAAUCUCUUUUGGAGGAGAGACGGAUUGCUGCGAGAAUGGCAGGAGUGUACAGCGACAAUGACCCACCCAGAAAGACCAUGCGCAGAGGAGUCCUGAUGACCCUUUUACAACAGUCAGCCAUGACACUUCCGCUAUGGAUCGGCAAACCUGGCGAAAGUCCUCCACCUCUGUGUGGCGCUAUACCUGCAAGCAGCGACUAUGUGGCUAAGCAGGGGGACAAAGUGGCGGCUCGAGUGAAGGCUGUGGAUGGUGACGAACAGUGGAUUCUUGCUGAAGUUGUCAGCUACAAUCACUCCACUAACAAGUAUGAGGUCGAUGAUAUUGAUGAAGAGGGUAAAGAGAGACACACGUUGAGUCGAAGAAGAAUAAUUCCUCUCCCACAGUGGAAAGCAAAUCCUGAGACGGACCCAGAGGCCCUGUUCAGUAAAGAUCAGCUGGUUCUGGCUCUCUAUCCACAGACCACCUGCUUUUACAGAGCUCUGAUCCACACACCACCGCAUCGGCCUCAAGAUGACUACUCGGUUCUGUUUGAGGACACAUCUUAUGCUGAUGGUUAUUCUCCACCUCUUAACGUCGCCCAGAGAUAUGUAGUGGCCUGCAAGGAGAACAAGAAGAAGUGACCGAAAUGUACGAAAGCAGGAUGUUGUGUUUAGAAAGAGCCUGCAUGAUUGGUGUGAUUGAAUUGAGAGUUUGUUCUGUUUUAAUGUGCAUUCGUCUCCUUUUUUUGUUUUGUUAACAUGUACAUAUUACUGGGCCGUAUAUUUUGUACUGCAUCUUUUUCACUCUGUUUUUGUGGAUCUAAAUGCAAAUGAGUUGUGCUAAAGUAAAUAAAUCCUGUUCGUUUGAAUGAAAAAAGGCACACAAAUAUAUUGUCUGGACUCUAAACAAUUCAAAAACACAAGUUUUUAAGUAAAACUACGACAGAUAUUCAGGCAUACAUAAUCCAAAUAAUGUCAAUCAGUAUAAUCUUUUUACGGCAGAUGUUUUUUAAAUCAUUUUGUAUAAUACUUUUAAUAUAUUUAAUUACAAUCUUGAUCUUGAAUUACAUUAUUAUUGUUAUUUUAAGAAUAAUCUAUACUUUUAGAUUAAAGCAUAAAGGCUAUUACUGUA